AUGUCCUCAGAGGCGCCGUCAUUUCUCAUCAUUGGCGCAGGCGUGUUUGGCGUGUCGACUGCUUACCACCUGAUCAAGAAGUAUCCCAAUGCCUCGGUGACGCUCGUGGACCGGGAUGCGUACGACGCAGAAAGCCGCGUUGCCGCAUCGUGGGACUGGAACAAGGCUGUUCGUGCCGACUACGAUGACAUUGUGUACUGCCAGCUAGCGCUGGAGGCACAGGAUGUCUUCAAGUCCGAUCCGCUCUGGAAACCCUACUUCCACGAGACGGGGGUAUACUGGAUCUGUCGCAGCGACUAUGCUCAAGACGUUAUCAACAACUACAAAAAACUGGGAAGGACGGCUGAUCUGGCCGCCUACCCCAUCGAAGAGGCUCGAAAGAUGUACGGGGGCCUAUUCGAGGAUGCUGAUUACUCGGGUGCCAAAGAGGUGCUCAUCAACAAGACCAGUGGCUGGGCAGCAGCUGGGGACUGUCUACGCGCGGUAACUCGCAAGGCAAUCGAGCUGGGCGUCAAGUACGUCGCUGCGGAGGUUUCAGCCCUCCAAGUUGACAAAAAUCGCCACUGCUCCGGCAUCAAGACCGCGGCAGGAACCAUACUGGAAGCAUCUCACGUCAUUCUGUGCACUGGCGCAUACACGCCCAAGCUCUUAGAGUUCAGCGCUGCAACCAGCGGCUUUGCCGAGCUUCGUGCUGGGCCAAGGAUUGUCGCGGGAGGCAUCACGACUGGAAUGUGGAAAGUUGACGAUGAGUCGUACGAGAGGUUCGCAUCCAUGCCCGUCGGUUUCCAGGGCUACAACGCGGAAUCAGGCGCCUUUAUCGGGAGCUUGCCGCCCACCAAAGAUAGAGAAAUGAAGUGGUGGGGUCAGACAAUCUUCAAGAACACUCGAGAGGUCUUGCCAGGCAGGUUCAUUUCAGCGCCCCCCAAUGAGCGAGACUAUGCUCAGUGGAAGGUCUCUGGAAAGCUCAAAGAGGACAUUCAAUAUGCAAGCAAUGUCUUUUACGGCAAGAAGAGCGCACACUGGACGCACGAAAAGCAUCGAAUCUGCUGGCAAGCGAAAGAAGACCCGCUGUCCCGGCGAGAAGCCGGCCUGUUCAAGCUGUCUUCGGUUGAGACAGUCCUGCUCGUAUCCCGCUGCCACGAGGCCGCCGCAUGGCGACCGAUCGGUACGCCAAUGAUCCUACUUGACGAUCUGAGCACCCUCGCUGACGAUCUACAGGAGGAGAGGCUCGCGCACUUGGAAGAGAAGCUGGAUAUCCUUCUCAGUGGCAGCUUGGCGAGCCAUGCCACACGACAACAAGAACACGCAUUCGAAGAUGUCGCCGAGCCGUCGGAAAAGUCAUACUCGGCCACGCCGCCGGGCCCCGAGCUGAACAAACCCCCGGGCCAUGCUCGCCUCCCCUCCGUGAUGCCUGAGUCGGACGAGUCAAGUCUGCGGCCCAGUCCGUCGGACAUUGCCGUCGGCAUUGGUCUCUACUUCAAGUACUGCCACAGGCAACCGAUAUGGUGCUUCUCGCGUGAAGAUGUCAGCGACUACGGCACCCUCCCCGGAGAGCUUGCCUGCAGUAUUAUGGUGCUGACCUCCCGCUUCUCAGAAAAACGGGACCAGCUGCAGCUCUACAGCGAUAGCGCGAAGCAUCUGGUCAUGCUUCGCCUUGCAAGUGGCACGGUGGACCUGACCACCAUUGAGAGCUUGUGCCUGCUUUCUUACUCGUCUUUCAUAGACGGAAACUUUCACCUUGGCCAGUUCCAUCUCGGCCUCGCAUUUCAGCUCUGCCGGACAGCCAUGCUGGACUUGGAGUCGGUAUAUGCCGUCGACGACCCGAACACGGAAAGGAAGAAGAGACUUUUCUGGAGCCUGCAGCUGCUGGAACAGUUUUAUGGGCGUCAGAACGGGCUCUUGAGCGUACCCACGGACAUAUGGCGACCGUACCAUUCCCAAUCGCAUAGCGGAGACCGAGGCGAUCUCGACCCCAAGGCGCCGCCCUUGCCGCGAGAUGAGCUUGGGUGCGCCGACCCCGACGAGCCCGGGAUCUGGAACACGAGCGUCCAUCUGGCGUGGGUCUGGAGCCAGGUGCGCAAGUAUGUUUCCAAUUGCGCACACAACAUCCUCAAGGAACCCUGGCGACACGACUCCAUGUACGCCAAGGUGCUGUCCGACUUCAUGGAGAUUGAGAACAGGAUCCCCAUAUGCCACCGCUACGACUCCGCCAAGUUCUACAAGCGCAAGAUAGAGGAGCUGAAAGUCAAUCGCGAUUACUGGGCGCCGUGGCUAAAGGAGCAAUUCACCUAUCAUGCCAUCCACACAGUCUUGAACCACCCAUUCCUUUACAUUGUCGGCGCACAGCACAACCCUAAUUUGGCCAUCCCGAAUACGUUUUGGCGAAGAUCCUCGGAGCUGGCCCUCCUCCAUGCCACCUGGAUCGCGCGCAUGAUCGACAUGGCUGUAGAUAAGCAGGUUCCGCUGGCGGACCCGUUCUUCGGCCACGCAGCCGCCAUCGCCGCCACGGUGCAUCUGUACUACUGUUGCGCGGCCGCCCCCAGGCUCAAGUACAAGUCCAAUACGGACUUUGUAAAGUGCAAGAGGUUUCUGAAGCGAUUUGUUAACUGUUCGGCCGCCUGCAAGGCACUGGAUCGCAAUCUCGACAAAAUGACCCGAAUGGCCGCGGGGCCAGAUAGCAUGGACAUGGAGGACUGGAUGCCCUCCAAGAUCUAUCUCAGCGUGCCCCUCAUGUGGGAGAUUUUGCAGUUCAGCUUCACGGAUGACUCGCACGAAGCUUCGACUGCAGGUUUGCUGGACGCCUCCCUCACUCCACCCGUCACGGGCGACGACAUGAGCGAGAGCCCAACUCUGGAAAUUAUUGUAGCGACUUCACCAGAAAUCAGCAUUAAUACGGCCGACGGCGGACAAGAGGCGCCGACAAUGUCCUUCAAGGCCUCUUCGCAUUCGGCUCGCGAUUCGCCUUGGAGCACGUACCGCGACGAGGACAGCCUAGCCUUUCACUUCACUCCGUGGCUAUACGCCGAUUCUUCUCAGUUCAUUAGCAUGGGGGACAUGGGAUACUAUGACACGCAGCCCGCCAUGGGCGAGUCUCGGGGCAUGGCGUGGUGGGAGGGCGACAACUUCAGCAACAUUAUGUUCAACCACUUUUAG